ACUGUAAUUGGGGCCUGGAUAUUAGUUUUGGUUAAGUCAAUAAAUAACAAUGUUAUGUCAUGAUCAUUUUGUGCAUCGGUGAUACGACACUGCGCAAGUCAAGGGCAACUUGUAAAAUGGCGUCGAUAAGUGUGCCAUGCUUAAGGUUUUUAAGAGCCAGCAACCACACAGUGUUUCGGCAAUUUGUUCCCACCUUGUAUCAAGCCUCUUCCAUACACACCUGCAAUGCCAUCAAUACAGCUUACAAAAACACAGACUUUGACAAGAGUUUGGGUUUUAGGAGGAAGUCGUGGAAGUGGGAAAAGUAUAACCGUAUUGUAUACCCACCACAGAAGGAAGGCCAAAACAUCAGGCCGGCAGAAAUAUGCCAUGCUAGAUUUCAAAUCAAGUACAGUCCCCUCAAGAUGUGGUACAUUGCUGUCAUGAUACGAGGAAUGUCAAUAGAUGAAGCAUUGAAACAGCUGUCAUUUUACAAGAGGAAGGGGGCUGCAGUAGUGAAGGAGGUGUUGGAGGAGGCACAGGAGAUGGCAGUCCGCGACCACAAUGUAGAAUACAAGUCAAAUCUGUGGAUUGCCUCAUCGUUUGUUGGUCAAGGCAAGACUGUGAGGGGUCUCCGGAAGCACCGUGGCCCCAGGUACGGGAUGAUCCACUACCGCUACUGCAACGUCUUCAUCAGACUACAGGAGGGCCCCCCUCCCAAACACUACUACCCCCCUCCCCCAAUGGGACACGACAAGAUGGAGGAGUUUAUCAGGGACCAGAGGGCCAGGAGAAUCAUACACUCCUUAUGAGACUUCCGCAUCCGUUUCAACACAAUUCCCCCUCAGUAUAGGGAGGUACAGGAGGGUAGGGAGAGACUUGUGAAGAAUCAGUGACACUAUUUCAGCCUUUCCAACAAGACUUAGAUUUCAUCUUAGGGCAGAGAGAAAAAUACAGAUCUGGAAAAAGAUGCCCAGCAUAGUUGUAUCAUAUACUUUCAUGGGACAAAAUGGGACAGGGACUUGCCACAGCUUGCUUACAUUUGCAUUUUCUCAACGAGUAUACCUUUAAUUGGCCUUUUGUGUAUUUCAUGAAUGUGAUCAGCAUUUGAAACCAAUGUUAAUUCGAACUUGAGGCAUAGGUGGCCAAGUGGUCUAAGUUGUGCCUUUUAUCUUCCAGGAUCACCUAGUCAUUGGUUCAAAUCCCAGAUUCACCAAAUUAUGAUCCAAUGUUUGUCAGCACUCUACUCAUGUUCAUGGAUGUUUACAGAAGUGGUAAAUGUCUUCAAUGUGUUGCAUGAAGCCCAUUACUGGUGUCCCCGCCGUGAUAUUGCUGGAAUAUUGCUUAAAGCAGCGUAAAACCAUACUCACUCACUCACUCACUCAAUGUGUUGCAUCGCUUUCUUCCAACAUAAAGUUGAUAUGAUAUCAUAUAGCUGAUGUGUUCAAUGCAGUGGUAAACCAGCAACCCCACACAGGUCGACUGGUGUGGCUUCUCUGGAGGACUGUAACAAGGACUGCCCAAUUACCAUGGGCUUUUUGUGAUGCAGGCAGCUGUUCCUAGGGCUAAGGUGAAGAAGGGAAAAUGUGGACAAGUCAAGAAGUGCACAACAUCUGUGUUACAUCUGGUGAUAAACUACAGUGUAUCAUGUGAAGGGAUGUACUCAGUUGUAGAAAAUACUUGUAUUCUAGUUGUUGAAUUAGUUGUGUGUGUGUGAGAAUGUUUGUGCAGAAGAAUAAACUGUAUACAAUAUCA